GUGAUGCAGCCAACACGAACGGUUGUCAUGUGUAACACAACUUUCGAUCACCGCGAAAACACCGUCCUGGGAAAGCGUCCAUGCUUGAUAUCGUUUGGUUCAUGAACAUUAAGUUUCCAGUACAGGUAAAAUUCCUGAGGAAUCCAAAGCUCUCUCUUUAUUGGCUCCUGCUCCAACCAUGACAAGUCUGAUGCCUGGUGCAGGAUUGCUUCCCAUACCAACCCCAAAUCCCUUGACUACAGUAAAAAGUCUUGGUGAUUCACUUAGCAGCUUGGGAGCUAUACCGGCAGCAGCACUGGACCCCAACAUAGCAACACUUGGAGAGAUCCCACAGCCACCUCUUAUGGGAAAUGUAGAUCCUUCCAAAAUUGAUGAGAUUAGGAGAACAGUCUAUGUUGGAAAUUUGAAUUCCCAGACAACGACAGCUGAUCAACUACUUGAAUUUUUUAAACAAGUUGGAGAAGUGAAGUUUGUACGGAUGGCAGGUGAUGAGACUCAGCCAACUCGGUUUGCUUUUGUGGAAUUUGCAGACCAAAAUUCUGUACCAAGGGCCCUUGCUUUUAAUGGAGUUAUGUUUGGAGACAGGCCACUGAAAAUAAAUCACUCCAACAAUGCAAUAGUAAAGCCUCCUGAGAUGACACCUCAGGCUGCAGCUAAGGAGUUAGAAGAAGUAAUGAAGCGAGUACGAGAGGCUCAGUCAUUUAUCUCAGCAGCUAUUGAACCAGAGUCUGGAAAGAGCAAUGAAAGAAAAGGCGGUCGAUCUCGUUCCCAUACUCGCUCAAAGUCCAGGUCUAGCUCAAAAUCCCAUUCCAGAAGGAAAAGAUCACAGUCCAAACACAGGAGUAGAUCCCAUAACAGAUCACGUUCAAGACAGAAAGAUAGACGGAGAUCUAAGAGCCCACAUAAAAAACGCUCUAAAUCCAGGGAGAGACGGAAGUCAAGGAGUCGUUCACGUUCACGGGACAAGAGAAAAGAUACUCGAGAAAAGCUCAAGGAGAAGGACAGAGUGAAAGAGAAAGAUAGAGAAAAGGAAAGGGAGAAGGAGAGAGAGAGGGAAAAAGAGCGUGAAAAGGAAAAGGAACGGGGCAGAAACAAAGACCGGGACAAAGAACGGGAAAAGGACAAGGACAAGGAUAGAGAGAGAGAGCGGGAAAAAGAGCCUGAAAAGGAACGAGACAAAGAGAAGGAAAAGGAACAGGACAAAGAAAAGGAACGCGAAAAGGACAGAUCCAAAGAGAUAGAUGAAAAAAGGAAGAAAGAUAAAAAAUCCAGAACACCACCCAGAAGUUACAAUGCCUCAAGAAGAUCUCGUAGUGCCAGCAGAGAAAGGCGGAGGAGGAGGAGCAGGAGUUCUUCCAGAUCUCCUAGAUCAUCAAAAACCAUGAAAAGGAAAUCUUCUCGGUCUCCAUCCCCUCGGAGCCGAAAUAAGAAAGAUAAAAAGAGAGAAAAAGAAAGGGACCACAUCAAUGAAAGAAGAGAGAGAGAGCGUUCAACCUCUACAAGGAAGAGUUCUAAUGACAGAGAAGGGAAGGAGAAGUCGGAGAAAAACAAUACUUCAGUUAAAGAGAAAGAGCACAAUAAAGAACCAGAUUCAACUGUGGGCAAAGAAGUAGAUGAUAAGGAUGUACCAAGGACUGAGGAAAACCAAGUUCAGCAAAACGGGAACUGUCAGCCAAUUGAAGAAAACCUGUCUACCAAAACAGAAGCAGUAUAAUGUGGACUGAUGAAUACUCCUCUAUACUCAGUGCUGGAAUCAAAUCCAAAGCUUCUUAUUUUCUCAACAAGAUGUUAACAGGAAGGAAACCUGAUGAACAUAAAGAUAGGAGCUAACAGCUGUUAGGUGGACAUCCAUUUGUUAGGUGGACAUCUUGUUACUGAGUAAGAAAAUCAAGCAUGGACAUCAUAAGAAUAUCAGGUGUUACCCAAACUCAUCACCUUCUGAAAUCUGUGCAUUUCCAUGGUGGCUGACACACUUGUCAUGUGGUUUGUUAGUGUUUGCCAAGAACCACUGCAAAUAAGUUGAACGUCAAAGAUCCAAAUUUGUGCUCUACCCUAAAGACUGGGGAUAAGCAUUGGAGGCUCUCUAAAAAAAUGCUAGUUACUGAAUUUUGUAUUGUUUUACUUUUUUAAAAAAAAAUUCAAUAUAUACAGUUUGAUGAUGUGCUUGAAAUUGGUGCAAAUAUAUACACACCCUUGUAAGUGCAAAGUAUGUAAGAAGUUUUAACAUUGACUUCACAGAUUCACAGUGAUUGUGGUAAAUUCUCACUAUUGUGUUUUCUUUUGUUCACUGUUUAGGACAGCAGUUUUUCUUUAAAAUAGUUUUACGGAUUAAAGUUGCUUAAAUAAGUUGAUUAAAAAACAACUGACAAUGCAUGCUACUGUUCUCUUUCAAAAGGAAGAGCAACUCGUUGAGUACUAAUAAUGAUAUUGGUAUUCAGUGUUAGAAUCAUCGGGUCUACCCGAAAAGUAAGCCUUUCUCUUUGAACUUUCUUGACAUUACCAAGCUUAUUAUGAAUAAUAUUGCAGUAUGUCUUGUCAGCUGUAGGUGGCAAAGAUGCCCUUAUACAGUGGAAACUGGGUUUUCAAAAUGGGCUACGAGAGCACAAGCUGAAGCUUUAGUGCCUUCUACAAUGUGGUAUACUGUUUUCUAGAAUUUUAUAUGUGCUAAAAUUCAUACGGAAUCCAGGUGGAUAUUCUGUCAUACCCCACACCCAUAGAACAGUAUGCAAGCAGUAUGUCUGAGAGCUUCUGACUUUGUUCACCUGAUGGGAGGAGGAAUUCCUGUUUUUUUAGACUGACUUUAGAGUUUAAAACAACAAUGCAGUUUUGGGACCAUCUUUUUUUUUUUCUUUUUUUUAAUACUGUGAUAAUUGAAAAUGAAACAUGCUCUUCUUUCCUCAAAUCAAAAGAAAUCUUUUAGUUGACUAUAUUGGAUGGCCUUAAUUAUUACCUCAAUCAUUUUCUCAUAAAUGAUAUGCAGAAAUUAUACUUAAAGGGAGGACUAGGAGUAUACAGGGGAUUAUUUUAUAUUUAAAGAUAUGUUUACUUGCGUUUAAGAUAUAGGUCACUCAUCAGUCUUAGGUUCACUUUGCAGAAAGUAUGCAAGUAGUAAAAUGACAACAAUGCUACGGUUUUUCCCCAAAACUAUAACUUGUAGUUUAUGAACUCUACUCUUUUCGUUGUUACAGUUCCAAAAACGUAAUACUUUAAUUUAGCAUGUCAUUAAAAAUCAAGUAUAAUUUUAAUGCAAUCUAAUACAAUCAAAUUACUCAGUUGCCUUACCUCAUGGGAAGAGUUACUUUUAUAGAUUUAAAAAGUUUAGUAGAAUGUUAGUUACUUGGUUUCAACUUGAGUUUUGUUUUAAUGUUAAUACUGUUGAAACUUUAAGAAUUUGGUGGUGAGUGGAAAGAGUUACCCUUUUUUGCAAGUAAUGAAGCCUGGGUUUGAUUAUGAAGCUGCUUAAUCAUCUUCAUGUGUUCAGAAUUACUUUGUGUGUGGUUGGUUUUUUUUGUUUGUUUUUUGUUUUGGUAACUGUGUACAUUAAAAUUUUGGAAAAUGCUUUACUAUGUAAAGUACAUAGUCAUGUAAUCAUUCGGCCACAUGUUGGCUGGUAAACAGCUUAUUCUGAUCCAAGGAUGCUUGGGUGCAUAGUGGAAAGAUUGUGAAGGAGUGUGAGCCCUGCAUCAGCAGCUGUCUUAUUUAUGAUAUGUAAGUAGAAUAGAGCAAAUGUUGUUUGAAUCUUUGUUAUUUUUUAGUACCAUUUCUCUAAUAAAGCUAAGUAUUUUAGAGGAAAGUAUUUGUUUAUACAUUUCAAAAAAGCAUUUGAGUUUCAUCCUGCUUUUGUUUUAGUGACAGAGAGGGUUUUGGGAGGGUGCAUGUUUGUAUAGUGUCUAUAAAACAAUCUUUUGAAGUUGUGUUUUCUUUACUCUGGACCCUUACUAAAAUUAUUUAUUUAUUGGCUGCACUGGAAUUUGAACUCAGGGCCUCGUGCUUGCUGGAUAGU